AGCCGUCUCACGGUCUCUCCGGUGCAGGCUGAAGGCGCUGGGCGAGGGCAGCAAGCAGUGGUCGUCCAGCGCCCCCAACCUGGGCAAGUCCCCGAAACGCGCCCCCAUGACUGGGGGCUUCGCCAGCCUGACGGAGAUGGAGGAGUACGUGGAGGUGGAAGGCAGCACCCCCCAGUCCCCGGCUGAGCUGCCCCCCGGCAGGGCCGGGCCCCACAAGCGCAGCGCCUUGGCUCUCCUGGGCUGUGCCUCCGUCCUGGCCUCGGUGGCACUGGGCAGCGACCUGCUGGAACUGGGCCGGGAGCAGGUGGGGGGGCCGUGCCCACGGGGGGGCCGCGCCCAGGGGCCCCCCAGCUCCGUCACGCUGCUCUCGCUCUCCUCCCUCUCCGACUGCAACUCCACCAAGUCCCUGCUGCCCUCGGACGAGGAGCCGCCCGCCCCGGCCCCCGGCCCCCCGGCCUCCCCCCUCGGCGCCCCCCCCGCCCACAACCCCCUGCUGGACCUCCGGGCCGAGAGCUUCAAGAGGGACCCGCGCCAGUCGCUGACGCCCACCCACGUGACGGCCGCCCAGGCACUGCCCCGCGGGCACCGGCGAACGCCCUCGGACGGGGCCCUGCGCCCGCCCGGCCAGCAGGGGGCGCCCGGGGCAGGCUCCCAGGAGACCCUGGACCCCCCCACGCUCUUCCCGCCCCCGUCGCGCCGCAGGCCCCCCGAAAAGGAACCGACCGUGGAGCGCCCCAAGACCCUGGAGUUCGCGCCCCGGCCCCGCCCCUCUCCCGCCCGCUCCCGCAUCGACCCCUGGAAACUCGUCUCCUUCGGACGGACUCACCGCUCGUCCCCGGGCAGCGGGUGCGAGACGCAGGGGGAGCUGGGCGGAGGCGGGGGGGAGCGGCCGGACCCCCCCAGCGCCCGCCAGACGCUACUGGACAUAGACAUGGAGGGGCAGAGCAAGGACAGCACAGUGCCGCUCUGCGGGGGGGCACCGCACGCCGACAGCCUGGAUGCUGACAUGUCCCACUGACCUCCCAGAGCCCAGGGCACCUCCCAUGAAUGUACACCCCCCACAGCCGGCGGGGGGCACCAGGCCUACCUGUGGGGGGCCCUCGUGGAUGGACCAGCCUCUUUACUCUGCGCCUACCACCAUCCCCCACCCUCAGCGGGCUGAGAUCCCACCGCACCCACCAACCGCUCCACAGGCUCUGCUGUGGGAGAAGCUGCUGCCCCCGAGGAGCGGGGUUGGGAAGGGAAUGGUGGGGGGAGGGGAGCAUGUGUAUUUAUUGAUGGGGGAGGUUAAGGACCCCCCCACACCCCUAUUUAAAUUCCAUGUGGUGUUUGUAAAAA